GACACACGUGCUGUUUCCUUUUCCAGUGGUAAAUGGUCAAGAACCAGGCAAGAAGCAUCUGAACAAGAGCUGCUUUCUCCUGGUUUCUCCCCAGCCCUCCAGCUGUUCUGCUCCAGCUAUCUUUGGAUUGUGGAUAGGAAAGCGAGACUGUCAGUCCAAAGAAAAGAGGGGCAUUUUUGAAUGCAGAAAGGAUGGCGUCCCUUAACACUACAUCUGCUCCGCCUCCUGGGGCCUCUCUAACAGGAUCUGAUAUUGCAGUCAUCGCAGGUGUUACUGCAGCUGUGGCUUUUGUCUUGAUUUGCCUCUUGGUGGUGAUGCUGAGGUACAUGUACCGGCACAAGGGCACCUACCACACCAAUGAAGCAAAGGGAACUGAAUUUGCCGAAAGCGCAGACGACGCUUUGAAAAAUGACCCUACCCUUCAAGAAGCCAUGGAUGAGAGCCGGAAAGAAUAUUUCAUCUGAGAGUAAAGGCAGCCCCAAUGAGACACACUUAGUCAUUCUCUCCUUCCCAAGGGAAUCGAUCAGAGACACUACAUCAAAAAGCACCAGGAUAUGGAGAUUCGCAGAGGAGAACAAGGGGACUAAUUGAAAUAUUGCUGUUUGCCCCUAAGACGAACUAAAUGCCAAUCUGUGGCUGUUUAUUUGAUUAUCAGCACAGCUCCAUUCAAUAUCAGAUCAGGAGAAACAAAAAUCUCAGGAUGAGUGAUUAACUGAUAGCAGAUAAUAGCAUCAAAUGUCAAACCUUGACAUUUGGCAAAAAUAGCAGGUGCCAAUGGAAAACAUCUUCAUAGACUGGUUGAUCUGUCCUGCAAUGAUACAGUAUCUGAAAGUGAAUUUUAAGUGGCAACAAUACAUGGGGUUGGAAGGGAAUGCAUACAAACAGAGGAUCCUGGCACACAAACUACUUUGCAGUCCAGAUAUUUUGCUUUCCUUAACAUGCAUAAGCUUGUCAGAGUGAGUGUGUGUGUGUGUGUGUGUGUGCGUGUUUCUUUUUUUGAAGUAUGUUUAGAAGUUUAAAAAGAACCCAGAAAUUGGAACGUCACAGGAAAAUGCUGUAAGAAAACACUGGGGGAAAUUUCAGAAAUGAAGGAUUUUAUUUCUUGCUAUUUUUUGUGGUGUUGUAAGGCUCCUUUUGUACUGGGAGACUAAAUUGGUUUGCUUAGGGCAUAUCGCCUCAUAUUUUCUUAAUACUGUAUCUGCUGCGCUAGAGCAAACAUUACCUUUCAGUAUUCUUCUCAAAUUUUAUAACUGCCUUUAUGUAUCUGAUAAAGUAAAGGUAAAGUUGUGCCGUUGAGUCAUGUCAACUCCUGGCGACCACAAAGCCCUGUGGUUGUCUUUGGUAGAAUACAGGAGAGGCUGACCACUGCCUCCUCCCACACAGUAUGAGAUGAUGCCUUUCAGUAUCUUCCUAUAUCGCUGCUGCCCGAUAUAGGUGUUUACCAUAGUCUGGGAAACAUACCAGUGAGGAUUCAAACCAGCAACCUCUGUCUUGCUAGUCAAGUCAUUUCCCUGUGCCAUUAGGUGGCUUAUGCCCCCUGCUUAAUUCUCAGGGUGUGCCCCACUGGCAAUCGCAGCUUAGAGUUGUUGAAGCAAUGUUGAUGCUGCCCAGGAUGACAAGCAGAAAGGAGAGGUGUAGGAACAGACCUUUAUUCAUGUUGACAUAGGAGUCAUGAUGAUACCUUUGAUUUCAGCUGCAAAGGGAGAUAGGGGCAGGUUUAGCACUGACUCAGCAUUAGAGUUGGCCUCCCCAAAACCAGGGCACAUGUGACUCUAAGGCCAAGUUAGCACUGGGCAGCAUCCAGACUAAAUUACUGAGUAGUCCUAUUGAAGUUAAGUAGCUCUAUAGAGUAUCUCCUGAGUAGUCUGUGGUGUUUUUGGUUAAUCCAUUCAUUGAUCCAGGCCAGCUUUUGAAUGGUGUUUCAGUUACUUUUAUUCCAGAUCUGGAGCAGAGAUGGGGCUAACAAACAGCCAGCAGCAAUAGUACUGAAGGCAGACUGUACUUGCCUCUCUGUAAAUAAUAUCUGUCUGAUUAAACCAUUAAUAUUCCUGAUUCAACUCCAUUGUCUUGUCCUUGCAUACCACAACUCUUUCCUCUGGAUUCUACAUAGUCCUAUUGAGUAACUUAGUCUGGAUGCUGCUCACCACACCUACAUGUCAGGCCUGCAAAACACCUGGCCCACCAAGUCAAAUGCAGCCCACUAGCCACGUAUGGUAGCCUGCUACAUGCUUGAAAUGUUUACAGAACUGAUAGGGAGCCAAAACAGCACGUUUAUACAGCCCCAAUGAGCCUCUGUAAAUGCUGGCCUGCAAUUUGUUUAGGACUGCAUUACCCCACUGGAGAACCCUUCUGCAUGACAAAUUAUGUAGUGCCUAUUAGCAAUAAAGUGUCGGAUUUUCCCAUUGCCGGGAACCCAACAUGUCCCUAUUUCCCAUUCAUCUGAACAGGAAAAUAGGGACAUGGCCAGUAUGAAAUCAGUGCCUUAAUUGGUCCUAUGCUGUUUACACAAUAGGAGAAUUUGAUUCCAAGUCAGUAUGAAGACUCUACAACAAACCUUAGCAUUUGACUCAAAGAGCCAAUUGUUUCCUUUUGUUGAUUUGUUUUGUUUUUCUGUUUUUUUGACAGUCCUCAUCUAAAUAAAAAAACAGUCCAAGUGCAACACCUAAUUUUUGUCCAUUGAUAAUUAGCAUGUUUGACUAUUAAAAACAUAGAUACAAUAA